CUCGGUGCCGUCGUGAGCUUAGCCCGGAUAAUACUUAGGUAUGUUGGAGAUCGACUUUGCGCGCUUCAUCGUCUCCCCUAACCCAACAACGCAUCUUGCUCGACAACCUCCUCCAUCCUCCGUCGUGCUAUGCGUGAAGUCAUCUCUAUCCAUGUUGGGCAGGCUGGCGUUCAAAUCGGAAAUGCUUGUUGGGAAUUGUACACUCUCGAGCAUGGAAUGACGCCAGACGGCCAUCUCAUUGACGGCCAGUUGAAGCCAGACAGUGACCCUUCGACGUUCUUCUCAGAGACAGGUUCAGGAAAAUAUGUCCCGCGAUCGCUUUACGUCGACCUCGAGCCCAGCGUGAUUGAUGAGGUCAAGUCGGGAAAGUAUAGGUACUUGUUCCACCCGGAGACGAUGCUUACCGGAAAAGAGGAUGCUGCGAACAACUAUGCUCGCGGCCACUAUACGGUUGGAAAGGACAUGAUUGAUCCUGUUAUGGACCGACUACGGCGCCUUGUGGAUAACUGCUCCGGCCUGCAAGGCUUCUUCGUGUUCCAUUCGUUCGGCGGAGGUACCGGGUCUGGCUUCGGUGCCCUCCUUCUCGAGCGACUUGCGACAGAGUACGGCAAGAAGUCCAAGCUGGAAUUCUGUGUCUACCCCGCACCGCAUCUGGCAAAUGCCAUCGUUGAGCCGUACAACUCCGUGCUCACGACGCACGCGACGCUCGAGUUCUGUGACUGCUCGUUCAUGGUCGACAAUGAGGCGAUAUACGACAUCUGCAAGCAGAAGCUCGGCGUGUCGUUGCCUAGCUACACCAACCUGAAUCGGUUAAUCGCACAGGUUGUCUCGUCCGUGACGGCAUCGCUGCGCUUCGGUGGCUCGCUGAACGUCGACCUCAACGAGUUCCAGACGAACCUCGUGCCGUUCCCACGCAUUCACUUUCCCGUGGCGACGUACGCGCCGCUCAUCUCCGCGGAGAAGGCGCACCAUGAGCAGAACUCGGUCGCCGAAAUGACAUUUUCGUGCUUCGAACCGGGGAAUCAGAUGGUCAAGUGCGACCCGCGGGAGGGGAAGUAUAUGGCGUGUGCGCUAUUGUUCCGUGGGGAUGUGGUGCCGAAGGACGUGCAGGUGGCUGUCGGGACUGUUAAGACCAAGAAGACAAUCCAGUUUGUGGAUUGGUGCAAAACCGCGUUCAAGCUCGGUAUCUGCAGAGAGCCCUCCGCUUUCGUUCCUGGAGGUGAUCUCGCACAAACAACGCGGAAUUUGUGCAUGUUGUCAAAUACCACUUCAAUAUGUGCUGCUUGGACUCGGCUUGACUAUAAGUUCGACCUCAUGUACGCAAAACGUGCCUUCGUGCACUGGUACGUUGGCGAGGGUAUGGAAGAGGGUGAAUUCUCCGAAGCGCGCGAGGACCUCGCGGCUCUCGAGAAGGACUAUGAGGAGGUCGGAGCCGACACCCCUGACGAUGAGCCCGAGGGCUCGGAGUAUUAGGUGAUCCCCGCGGUCGAUGGUGAGGACAUUUAUGAGUGCCAUUGGUAUACUCAUGCUGUGACUGUCUCAACGUUGCUAUCGUGCCGCUGUCACCGAUACUCUACUGUACAUCGCCAUUUCUCCGGUACGUAUACUCCCCGACUAAACCAAUAACCCCAAUGCAUCGUUACCAUUGGGCGAUUUGUGUAUACGUUCUAUUUGGAAGCCGAUACCAGACUCAGGCUCUUCCACCGUUUCACUUCGAGAGUUCGGGGCCUAUUACUAGAGCGGCGUUCUGCCAUAUUGCAAUUAUUACCCAGCUUUCCCCGGCUUUCUGACGUUAGAGAAGGACCAGCGG